GAGUAAGUGACGUCAGCUCCCAGUUCGCAAGCAACAGAGUGAAACAAACAUGGCGACAGAAUGGAGCGGGCAGCAAGGCUACGUUCUAACUCUAAUCGUUUUCCUUUGGAGUGCAGUCGGGGGACGCACCGAAACAGCCACGUCGAGUGUCAGCAACAGCGGGACCCAGGUGCUCGGUAUGCGGCUGGAGAGGAGCGACAAACCGGCUACGACCACUGACGACGGGGUCAUACAGGUAACGGAGGAGAGCACAGUGCAGCUCCGGUUCUACGGUGUGCAGCUCAACUCGGGCACCUGGGCGCAGAUCCGCUUCACGGAACGAGGGGAUGGGAGCGAUGAGGGGGGGGACAAUAACAUUAUUGACGACACACCUAACAGGACUUGUGUUGAUUUCACCAAAGACUUCAGCAUCGCGACCUACAUGAACACCAGUAGCCGGGGGACCACAGGGGUACUCAGCAUAAACAUUAAACCCCUUCGUAAGAGCGAGCCGCACAAGGAGUAUGGAUUGUGCAUCAAGAGUUUGGCCAAUGGCAGGUGGGCUCUGCUCGGGGAUAGCGACGGGAGACUCCGGGUGGUAGAGGGGGAGAAAACUCUCCUCCCCCUGUGGUUCCAGAUCAUCCUUAUCUGUUGUCUGUUGGUGCUGUCUGGCAUGUUCAGCGGGCUGAACCUGGGGCUCAUGGCUCUGGACCCCAUGGAGCUCCGUAUAGUCCAGAGUUGUGGUUCAGAGAAGGAAAAGAAAUAUGCCCGCAAAAUUGAGCCCAUCCGCAGUAAAGGGAACUACCUUCUCUGCUCGCUGCUGCUUGGCAAUGUCCUGGUCAACACCACACUCACCAUCCUCCUGGACGACUUAAUAGGCUCUGGGCUGGGCGCCGUGGUCGCCUCCACAGUGGGUAUCGUGAUUUUCGGCGAGAUUGUCCCUCAGGCGCUGUGCUCUCGCCACGGGCUGGCGGUGGGCGCCAACACCAUCCAGGUGACCAAGUUCUUCAUGUUGCUCACCUUCCCCCUCUCCUUCCCCGUCAGCAAGCUCCUAGACGUGCUCCUAGGCCAGGAGAUCGGCACUGUGUAUAACCGCGAGAAGCUGGUGGAGAUGCUCAGGGUGACGGAACCGUACAACGACCUGGUCAAAGAGGAGCUCAACAUGAUCCAAGGAGCUCUGGAACUCCGGAGUAAGACGGUGGAGAGCGUGAUGACUCCUCUGGCCCACUGCUUCAUGAUCCAGAACGACGCGGUCCUCGACUUCAACACCAUGUCGGAGAUCAUGGAGAGCGGCUACACGCGUAUCCCCGUGUUCGACGACGAGCGCUCCAACAUCGUGGACAUCCUGUACGUGAAGGACCUGGCGUUCGUGGACCCGGACGACUGCACCACGCUGAAGACCAUCACUAAGUUCUACAACCACCCGGUCCACUUUGUGUUCCACGACACUCGGCUGGACUCCAUGCUGGAGGAGUUCAAGAAAGGUAAAUCCCACCUGGCCAUCGUUCAGAAGGUGAACAACGAGGGGGAGGGGGAUCCCUUCUACGAGGUGCUGGGAUUGGUCACCUUGGAGGACGUAAUCGAGGAGAUCAUCAAAUCAGAAAUCCUGGAUGAGUCCGACCUUUAUACUGACAAUAGGAACAGGAAGAAGGUGGACCCGAACAAGAGAACGCGUGACUUCUCUGCGUUUAAACACACGGAGAACGAGUGCAAGGUGAAGAUCUCUCCCCAGUUGAUGCUGGCUGCGCAUCGCUUCCUGGCUACAGAGGUGAGUCUGUUCAGUCCCUGUCAGGUCACUGAGAAGGUGUUACUGAGGAUCCUGAGGCACCCUGAUGUCAUCCAGGAGAUCAAAUUCAAUGACAGCGACAAGCGAUCCGCUCUACACUACAUCUACCAGAGGGGCAAACCUGUCGACUACUUCAUACUCAUACUGCAGGGGCGAGUGGAGGUGGAGGCUGGAAACGAGAACAUGAAGUUUGAGACCGGACCCUUCUCCUACUAUGGAGUCAUGGCUCUUAGCUCACCAUCACUGGCCGUAACUCCCCCUCUCUCCCCAUCAGUGGCGUCCCCUCCUCCACGACGUCUCUCUUUAAAGAGAUUCUCUCUGUUCUCUCGCUUCCCAGAGUUCCGUUCUCCUACUCACGCGAGCGGUCUGAACCGCUCGGCGUCGCUAAGCUGCACUGAGCGUGGCGCUUCCGGAGAAUGCGGCUCAGUAACCGCUAGCAACACGCAGCUCACCGCCUGCCAGUACACACCAGACUUCUACGUACGGGCUCUCACUGACCUGCAAUAUGUCAAGAUCACUCGUUCUCAGUACCAGAAUGGUCUGCUGGCGUCGAGGCUGGACAGCACCCCCCAGUCCCCCGAGGGCAGCCACCCCCGUCUGGACAGCACCUCUGCUCUCCCGCUCCCCAUCACCCCACCAGCCCCUCCCCGCACCCCCCUCCCCCUGGCCACCACACCUUUCAAGCGCCCGCUUGCUCUCCCCCAACCCACCCCCCCUCCCACCAACCGUACCCCCUUACCCCAAACCACCACCCCCACUCAAGUCAACCCCCGCUUGGCCCUGCCCCAAUCCACCCCUCCUCCCACCAAAGGCACCCCUCUUCCUCAAACACCUCCUCCCCCCUCCUCGGGUGCACGCACCACUCACCCUCCUCCGCCCUCCACCUCCUCUCUCCCCCACCCACCUCUUCCCUGCACCUCUCUCCCCCCCAAAUCCCCCUCUUCCGCGAAGCCAGGGUUGGAGAACGGGCCGGGUGAGAAGACCUCUCUGCUCUCUGAGCAGCCGCAAAACUGCGUAAGCGGCACACGCAGGCCCAGCUACCCACAAACACACACACAACACCCUCACACACACCAACACCUGCACACACACGUGCACACCAUCAGUCACGCACACACAGAGAGCACCAUCUGACAACAGGGGGGGGGGGGGGUUAAGAUUUGUAAAAAAGGAAUACACACACACGUUUUGUUGGCCGUGGACUGACUACCCCCUGGAGCACUGGAAGAUUCUAAGGUGCAUUGUGGGAAUCCUCAUGUCUCUGUACUAUCCGCCCACCCACCUCUCAAGAUGGGGUGAAGAGAGAGAGAGAGACGGGGAACACUGGUGCUUCACACACUUGUGCAGAGGUCAUUGUGUGUGAUGUAUCUCGUCUCUGUCAUACGGUUGAGUGCGUGUGUAUGCAAUGUGUGUUUGCCAGUUUUAACGGUGGCUGCAGGCACAGUCUGGGAUCAGCUUUGUUGGUGGGGAGGACGGGGGAGGAGGGUUGAGGAGGGGGAGAUAGACCACCACGUAUAGCAUGUUUAUAAUAUGUGUUGAUUCUCUGCACUUCGGUUGUCGGUAUAAAUAAAUAUAGAAAUAUGACCUGUAGUGACAGCAAAAUAUGUUUUUUAAAGAGAAAUGUAGCGAUAUUUAGAGAUUCAUGCAUUUUAGCUUCGUGUUCACUGUGAACUCUCACCUACACGCACCUGUGUUCUCUAAAACACUUCCUGAGACCACUCCCCUCCCACAUGCUUUGUUUCCAUGGAAAUGACAUUCAACCCCCCCCCCCCCCCCCC